AUGAUGCAUUACUUUUUUUUAAAGAAACACACAGAACACGGUUUAACAUCGUCAAACAUGCUCAACGAGGACAGUCAAGAAGUUUUUGAGGAUGACGACAGUUCGGUUAAUACCACCCCCAGUGUUACCGAACCAUUCACGUCUAGUAAAAAGAAAACAUUAGUCCAAAUGUUUCUGGAAUCGAAUAAAGAGAUAUCGAAUGUUAUGCGCGAGAGCAUAGAUAUACAAAGAAAUAAUGUUCAACGACAGUAUAAUGACGAGCGUGGAAAUGAGGCAUUUUUCCGUUCGAUGCUACCACUUAUGGACAAAAUAAAAGAAGAUUAUUUAAUUGACGUCAAAACUGAGAUUAUGUCUGUGAUUAAGAAAUACAUAUCACCAUCACAUACAUUGGAAGAAUCAUAUCCUCGUGCAUCCACACCAACAAGCGAUGACGAUAUUGUUCAAAUGUUAGAACACUUUCAUGGAAUAUAA